AUGCAGAGCCUCAACCAUCGCCCUCUAUACUCAGGUUGGCUGUUCCUUCGUGAGCCUCUGACCCCACAUGGCCCGUUUACCUCGGAAACCGAGUUUUGGGAUUUUCUCUCGCUCAAGUUAACCAAAUUACCCAAGGACGCAUUAGCGAGAUUGAGAACACGUCUCCCUACAUCAGCUCCGUAUACGUGUACACACGGCGAUUUAACCUUCUGCAAUAUUAUCGUUAAGGACGGAAACCUGGCUGGGAUUCUUGACUGGGAAAACGCGGGAUACUUCCCUGUUUGGUGGGAAUAUGUAGCUGCGACCAUUGGUUUGGAUAAAGAAGAUGCGGAAUGGAAGGCUCUGUUACAAGGAAAGUUAGGUUAUGAUUAUCUCGAGGCAAAGAACUUUUGGGGAGAUUUUUACUCUAUACAUUUCUAUCCGGACUUGGACGAGUCGGGUCAGCAGCUGCUAGAAACCUUGCUGGAGGACAGGUCUUACUUUUGCGUGAGGUUACAAUUGAACAUUGAGAGAAAUAUCAGGCAACUGCCCAGUCCAUGCAUGUAUAUUGAUGUUACGUCUUCCCCAAGCCAUAUAUCUCUGCCCCACCAAUUGCUCAUCGUGUAUAUGAAGACCGAGAAUAACAUUAAUAUCACAUGCCAUGGAAAACAAGAAACGUCCCUUCCACAUGCCACCCACUAUGACGCUUGCCCCUCUUCUCAGCAGAAUGUCGAGAAUGCAUGA